AUGUUGUGUGAUUUGCCCUCAUCCUCUAAAACCAUGAAGAAAACUAUGAAAGGAAUGAAGGUUGUGGAAUUGUCAGAUGACCCAAGUUCACUGUCCCCUCUCGCUGUUCUUCCAAGUGUGAACUAUCAAAUCAUCAAUGCAGACUAUCUUCUUCUCAGAGAGACAAGUCAGGAUGUAAUGGACAACUCCAGCCUACGGGCACAAAGGCAACCUUUCAUCCUCACUGGACUGAAUGGCCAGCCGGCAAUCAAUGUCAGCUAUGGUCCCAUGUCUUUGGAGCAGUCUAUACCACUGCAUAUGAUCCACACUGGCCCCAGGAUCCGACCAUUUAUUCUGGCCCGUCAAGUACGGUCAUCUACACCUGCCUUGUAUGUGUUGUUUUAUGCGACCGGUAAUAGGGAUGAUAUAAGUGAAGGGCCGAUCCAAAACGUCCCAGGGCAGAAUGAAGUAGGGUACGUUUGUGUUACAGCAUACGCCUUCUGGGAAUCCAGGGAGAUCAAGGACAGCUGCUCCAUCUCGGCAGAUGGUGGCUUCUGCUUGGUGCACCUGAAGCCCGAGUCAGCGUGGUUCAACCCUGGAGGUGGCAGGUCGAGCUGGGAGCAGAGAGGUGAUCAAAGAGGAAAUGUUGCUGAACUUUACUACCAGAUUAGACCCAGUCCCAGUGGACAGUGUGUCCCACAAGAGAGCAAAAUAAGAAGGGGUCCACAGCAUGGUGACCCGGGACGGCAGAUCUAUGGAGCCUCCAUGAAGAGGAUUGGGACUGUAAACCUCCUGCGAUCACCUCCAGGAAACCCCACGUUUAUGCGCUUGCGCCUCGGAGGAGCCGUAAUCAUCCAGACGUCCUCGAAACCACUGAAGACCACAGACACCGCCACUUUCUACGUGUUCCUAUCAAGUACAUCACCGGUUGAACAUUUCAUACUCAGAGCCACAUCCAGAAAAGGCAUGUCAUUCAGCACAGCCAGACCCAGCGACGCGCACCUGUGGGACAUCACUCUGGAACCUGGGAGAGGAAGUGACGCCCAAACCAUCUCUGUGUCCUGCCAGAAGAAACGCACAUUUGCUAGCAAAAGAGGUCUGCUGGAGGUCUUGCAACUGGACUUUGAGACAGAGGAGCAGAGUGACCAGUUAGAGAGCCAGAUGAUCACGUGGCGACUGGAGCUGCCUGGAAACAUGAUACGGGAUGAAGGGACCAUGAGGAUUUACACUAUUCAGAGAGACUAUGUGGGAAUAGCACCUCUGAUCACGGACACGGAGCUCCUCAACACAGCCGUGCUCACUGGUAAGAGGGUUUCUGUGCCUGUGAAAGUGUUGGGCGUUGAGGCUGAUGGCUCCAUCACGGACAUCACUAACUCUUCUCGCUGCAGGUCUUCAGACCAGGAUGUCCUGAAGGUGUCUGAGAGGUGUGAUGCUGUGUAUGUCAACGGCAAGGAGACGCGUGGGAGAGUUCGGACGAUGGUGAACUUCACCUACAGUUACCUGAGCACACAGCUGGAGGUGAGCGUGUGGAUGCCUCGACUCCCCCUGCAGAUGGAGAUAUCUGAUCCAGAGCUCAGCCAGAUCAAAGGCUGGAGAGUUCCUGUCACUGGGAACAAAAGGGUGAGCUGGGACACAGAGGAAGAGGAUGAGAGGAAGGGCCGAGGCUGCAUGCUGCAGUAUCAGCACAGUUUGAUUCGAGUGCUUACGGUCUUCACCGCAGACUCGCCAGAUCCAAGCAGCCCAUCUCCCGCAUACUUCCUCGGCUCUGAUUGGCAGGUGGAUGUGACGCGGCUGGUGCGCUACUUUCUGAGAGUUGAGGAGACGAGUGUUGCACGCCUGCAGGCAGGAAGUGUUCUGACAGGCAAGGCUGUGGGAGUCACCACUGUGCAGGUGAUGUCUCCAUUGUCUGACUCGGUUCUGGCUGAGAGGAUGAUCCGGGUUCUGGAUGAUAAAGUCAGUAUAACAGAGCUGGGUGUGCAGCUGGUCUCUGGCCUUUCCCUGAACCUCCAGCUCAGCCCAGGAAGCAACAGGGCCAUUGUUGCCAAGACAACUACACAGGAGAUCAUACACUACCCCAAGCAGGAGGCGGUGGUCGGCUGCUGGCUGAAGUUCAGUGAUGGCUCCCAGACUCCUCUUGAUUUGUACGAUCCCAGUGGUUAUUCUCUCACUAUUUCUUCAUUGGACACAAGGGUAGCAUCUGUGCGGAAGACACCUGGGUCUGUCUUUGUUGUGGUCGCUGAAGCCGAGGGACAGGGCUUACUUCUCAGAGCAGAGCUUGCUAUCUGCGAGGCCUGUCAGAAAUCCAAACGCAAGAGCAAACUAGCUGUGGGCGGAGGCAUGGUGAAGGUGAAAUUCCCGCCGGAUGAACAGCUUGCGGGGACUAGCAAGAAAGAGAGCGACCAGGCCAAUGAUGAUAACAACUCCAAAUUGAUCCUUACAUCCGCUCUGAACAUGCUUCAACACACCAUUAUCCAAGAGAGCACCACAAGUGCGAUCAAAACGGCGACCAAAUCCAAUCUUCAAGAAGCAAUAGGAGGUGGCGUAUCCACGAUUAAGUCAGUAAACACAAUGGAUAAAAAUCUCAUUACCAAGCCCGUCGCAGAUAGAGUGCUAGUCACCAUAAGCCCCAGAAGUCCAAUUAAGAAUGGAUAUGGAAACCUUCUUGAGAACCCCAACUUCCCGCUACCACCGGAGGAACCCAAGCGAGAACCGCCCCUAGUGGAAAGCGAUCUGAUACAGAUGUUUAGCGUGUUUACAGACAUAGAAGUCUGCAUCUACACGCUAGUAGGACUAUUUUGCUUGGCCGUUAUCGGCGUCUUGCUUCACUGUGCCACUAACAGUGCGAGAUCACGCAGCAAGAAGUCUCCGCUUCAGUGCCAGGGUCAAUCCCAGCACAGGCAUCACUGGGUACGCCUGGGUACAGUUGCAGAGCACAGCAGAGCUGCGCCGAUUGCGACUACCUCCAAGCAGGACAUGCAGGCUGCUGUGGAGAUGCAAAGAGCCGUUCAGAUGCAGAAUAGCAAAGGCCCGGAGAUGAACCAGUUGAGGGAGAUCCCAGCUAUUGCAGGUGAGGAGAGAACUGCAACUCUGGGACGAAGGACCAACACACUUCCUCUAAGGCGGGAUCCGAUGGCUCAUAUGGCUCCAAUGGCUGUCAGGUCAGCCACCCUGCUGGCCAGGCCCGUUCGUAGCGAACCUCUACAUUCUCCCACAAGUAAAAGGAAUCAAGUCCACUUCACAACCUUCGCUACUCUAGACAUCAAAAAUCUGGCUGCUCUCAAGAAGAGCGGCCAGAACUUCAGCUGGGCCAGCCAACCGGCUGGAGGUUUUCAGGCUGCCAGUAUCGGCCAGGGUGGGUUAAAUGGUAAGGCCGAAAAAGUCAAUCAUGUACAUUUUUGCAGCCCAGUGGAAGUGUUCGGUCAGACACCGGACUCCACAGAGUCCAAUGGCUUUCUUCCAGAAGGUCCAUGGCCUGUGGCUACACCAGUGUCAAAAGUGUGAUACAGGACAGGGUUGUUUAUACAAAAGCUCUAUUAGCCUCAUUCAUGAAACACAAGCAUUCUGUGUAAAUUGUCUAGAAAUCCAUUCUUGCAUAAAUUGUUGCAUUGAACUGAAUACGACAGUUUAUAUGCAAAUGUUUUAUGAACAAUUUAACACAGAAAUUGUUUUUCACAAAAUAAGGUCCUGUGUAUGCAUAUGCGUGUCUGAAAAGUUUCUCUAAAUUUGAUGUAAAUAUUUCUGCAACUCUCAACAAAGUUUUUACUUUCCUGCUUUUGUAUAUUUGUAUUAUUAUUAAAAUCAUUAGAAACAGAUCACAACAAA